AUGACCGUACCACAGAAACAGUACCUCAUCUCGGUUGAUGUUGGGACGACGAGUACGCGCGCCAUCGUGUUCGACGAGGCUGCGGAUGCCGUGCUCACCCACCAAACCGAGUAUGAGCAGAUCUAUCCCCAUCCAGGGUGGCACGAGCAGCGCCUCGAGGAUCUCAUCCGUACUGUCUACCAGUGUCUUGAUGGUGUCGCUGCCAAGCUCAAGGAGAAGGGUAUCAACAAGGACCAGAUCCCGGCUAUGGGAAUUACAAACCAGCGCGAAACGACGUGUGUAUGGUCGCGCAGCACGGGCAAGCCUCUGCACAAUGCCGUCGUCUGGCCUGACACGCGUAACACGGUGACGGUCCGCCUGCUAUCCCUCAAGGGUCCCAAGGGCGCCGAUGUCCUCAAGGACAGGACUGGCCUCCCCCUCUCGACCUACUUUUCCGGGACCAAGCUGCGGUGGCUGAUCGACAAUGUCGACGCCGUCAAAGAAGCACACGACAAGGACGACCUGAUGUUCGGCACAGUCGAGUCGUGGGUGCUCUGGAACCUGACUGGCGGCAAGGACGGUGGUCUACACUUGACGGACGUGACGAACGCAUCCCGCACAAUGCUCAUGAACCUCAAGACGCUCGAGUGGGACCCCGAGUGUCUCCGAUUCUUCGGUUUCCGUGACAAGAUCCUCCCCAAGAUCGUCUCUAACGCCGAGGUAUACGGCCAGGUGUCGAGCGGCGCGUUCAAGGGUCUCCCUAUCGCGGGUAUGAUUGGCGACCAGCAGGCUGCCUUGGUUGGCAACAAAUGCGUAGAGCUCGGCUCAGCAAAGAACACAUACGGAACCGGCGCAUUCAUGCUUUUCAACACUGGACAUGACAUUGUGCCGUCAAACUAUGGCUUGCUCACGACGGCGGGAUACAAGGCUGGUCCGAAUGCCCAACCCGUAUAUGCGCUUGAGGGCUCGAUCGCCGUGGCUGGCUCCAGCAUCCAGUGGCUUCGGGACCAGAUGGAGCUCAUCAGCAGUGCCAAGGAGAUUGGUGAGCUCGCUGGUAAAGUCAAGGACACGGGUGGUGUGUACUUUGUUCCUGCGUUCUCGGGACUGUUUGCGCCGUACUGGGACGACACGGCAGCCGGUACGAUUGUUGGCAUGACAGCGUACACGAACAAGUGUCAUCUCGCUCGUGCGACGCUCGAGGCGACGUGUUUCCAAACCCGCGCGAUCCUCGAAGCCAUGGCCAAGGACUCGAAGAAGACGCUCAAGGUUCUCCGUGUCGACGGCGGCAUGACCAACUCUGACGUCUGCAUGCAACUCCAGGCCGACAUUCUUGGCAUCUCAGUGGAGCGGCCUGUGAUGCGCGAGUCGACCGCCCUCGGAUCAGCCAUCUGCGCCGGCGUCGGCAUGAAGAUGUUCGGUUGGGACCUUGAGAAGCCCGAGACGCUGUCCAAGGUCAACGUUCAAGGCAAGACGACGUUUGAGCCUGAGAUUGCAGAGGACGAACGCGUGUGGCGUGUUCGUGGAUGGGACCGCGCGGUUCAGCGUGCAAUGAAGUGGAAAGAGGACGAUGCGCGUACAUCACGUACCCCGGAAGAGAAGAUGACGCCGGCGAGGUUGUAA